AUGGUUCAGCUAUGGUGUUUUCUGAUGGAAAUAGCUCUCCAGGAGGUCUUCUACAAAGGAAAAGAUAAUCUUAGCUCGUUACCAGCGUAUAAAGGACAUGCAUCCCAGAGUAGAACAUACAGCGGUUAUAACGCACCUGCAGACAGAGCAGUAGAUGGCUACCUCCAGGAGGAACGUGAAAACACCUGCAGUAUUACAUUGGCUAAACCUGAGUUUAAAGCUGCUUGGUGGAAAUUUUCACUAAAACGCAUGUCUAAUAUAGCGUAUUUAGAAAUUUAUUUUCGAAGAUCAACUGUUAAUCGACAUGUGGGAUUUUCUGUUUUUGUUUUCAACGACUCAUCAUAUAUUCCUCCAUCAAACGCAUUUCAACAUAAAGUGUUCAUUCACAAUACCUCUACCUGUCUGGAACGUGUGACAACUGUGACUGUUAACAGAGAGUCUCAAGGGAUAGCUUUGUAUAACUCAAAGGAACCCCCUGUCAACACAUCCUGUGCAGGGUAUGAACCUGCAUUCGCAACCAUUGAAAUCUGUGAAGUAAAGGUCAUGGGUUGCCCAUCUCAACAUUACGGAGAAAACUGCACUUCCUGUGAUCCAAAAUGUCGUGAUAGACAUUGUGAAGCUUUUAAUGGUUCUUGUAUCUAUGGAUGCAGUAAUACAGUCAUUGAAUCUUCUGAUUGUUCAGUUUGCAAAAAAGGAUAUUAUGGACAAAGCUGUGAAUUAAACUGUGGCAAAUGUAGCAUCGGAACCUUCUGUGAUAAUAUAACGGGAAUAUGUCCAGAAGGAUGUCAGGAUCAUUGGACUGGAUUUCUGUGUGACGCGUGCCCUGAUGGAUUUUAUGGAGCAGCCUGUGAAUUAAACUGUGGCAAAUGUAGUAACGGAAGCUUUUGUGAUAACGUAACAGGAAUAUGUUCACAAGGAUGUCAGGAUCAUUGGAAUGGCUCUUCAUGUGACGAUUGUGUAGCAGGAUUUUAUGGACAGACCUGUGAAAACUUCUGUGGAAACUGUGGAAAUGGGACAUACUGUAAUACUUCCUCCGGAAUAUGUCCAGAUGGUUGUGAGGAUCAAUGGGAUGGAUUAAUGUGUAAUGGUAAGACUGGUUUUCAGCUGAUUUGUAAGAAUGAAUCAUGA